CAUAGGCUUCCCAUAAGCGCGGGAGCUGAAGCAAAAAGAGAUCGACUACUCCUCUACGGGCCCCUUCGUUGUCUUUCUCGAGCAUCCCUUUCCUCGACCCCAACGGCCAUCAAAAAGUCACUGACGACGACCAAGAAUCAUGAAGCUUGCCUCACUUCUUCUGUGGACGGCCGCUGCUGUCACGGCUCUGCCAGAGAAACAUGAACAUAAGCCCGCCAAAUGCACCAAACCGGAAAAGAGACGCUCUUGGCACAACAUUACCGACGCCGAGAGGAAGGCUUAUACGUCGGCCGCCCGCUGCCUCCUGACCUCUCCUCAGAAACUCAACCGACUCCCUGGUGCCAAGACUCGGUGGGAUGAACUGGUUUCUCUUCACCAAAUCCAUGCCCUGCAGAUCCAUACCACAGGCCAAUUUCUGCCCUACCACAGGUAUUACCUGAAGACUUUGGAGGUCUUGCUCCGGGAGUGCGGAUUCAUGGGCGUGAUGCCUUACUGGGACGAAACCCGUGAUGCCGGCAACUUUUCGGCCAGUGUCAUCUUCGACCCCGUUACCGGGUUCGGCAGCGGUGGCGAUGCGAUUGGGGGCUGCGUGCCCAAUGGCCCGUUUUACAACCUCACGGUGAACAUCGGACCGGGGUUCGAGUCCAAGCCUCGAUGUGUCAACCGUAAGAUCACGGACAUGUUCAGCGCGCAAACUGGUAAGACGUACGUCGCGGCUGCGCUCAACCACACCGACUAUGCCGGCGCCCUCGACGGCAUUUACUCCGGACCCCAUCUUCUUGGUCAUAUGGCUCUGGCAAUGAUGGACGGGAACUCCAUCACCUCAUCCGGCGACCCGUUGUUUUUCAUGCACCACGGCUUCGUGGACAAGAUGUGGGCGGACUGGCAGGCGAAGGAUCGCAAGAAGCGUUUCAAGGAUAUCUCUGGGCUCAACGCCCAGGACCCGGCCGUCGGCUUCUCAGAGUUCCCAGGAGGCAUGGAGGAGGAAUCUGCAAUGUGGGGGCAUCCCAGCGCCGUCAUCUUAGCCGUCACGCCCGAUCCUCAGUUCGGUGACAAUGGCCCGAACAUCACCUUGAACCACAUCAUGUCUUCCUUGGGCAUCAUUCCCAACGCGACCGUGGCGGACGUGAUGGACACGACGGGAGGCUACCUCUGUUAUGAGUAUGUCUGAAAGUUUGAGUGUGCUUAGGGGUCAAUAAGUAAGGUAGCCUGGUGCGCAUUAUAGGGACAUCAGCACUCGUCGUUAGCGAUCUGUGCAGUCCCGUUCUGCAACUUUGAUCAGUAGCCAAGACCGUCGUGCUAGAUCCAGCAAUGUGUGAGGUACGAAAACGAUAUGGGC